AUGGUGAAGGCAGUACAUAAGAAAUGUACAGUUGAUAUUCUCAGAAGAUUUUGGUACUUCGACAAUUAUGGUAUAAUAAGAGAUAUUAUGCAGAAUCACUUACUUCAAAUACUAGCCCUCUUUGCAAUGAAAACCCCUGUUAGUUUGGAUGCAGAGGAUAUUAGAAAUGAAAAGGUCUCAUUGUACGUUUAUAGAAAAUUCAGCCAGCAUUAUAAAGCCACAAUUGGUACUGAUUUCGUCACAAAGGAGCUACAAGUAGAUGACUCGUCACUUUACAGGUCAAUUUGGGAUACAAUAGGACAAGAAAGGUUCAAUAGUUUAGGUGCUGCAUUUUAUAGAGGUGCAGAUUGUUGUGUUUUGGUGUAUGAUGUAAAUGCACACAACACAUUUGACACACUAAACAAUUGGCAUGAUGAGUUCAUUAAACAGGCAGAUUUGAAUGAUCAUGAAGCAUUUCCCUUUGUGUUACUUGGGAACAAGGUUGAUGUAGAUGGUGGAAACAGUAGAAAGGUGACUGAGAAGAAAGCUAGGGAAUGGUGUGCUUCUAGAGGCAAGUCUGGAGACCCCUUUCUUCAUUCAAUCCCAUUUUAG